GGACAAAAGAGACAAUAGAAUUCCCCUGCGGGAGGGCGAGUAUUUAUAUAUCUAUUCUGCUCGUGUUCCAUCCAAAGAUCCGUGUCCGAGUGGCCUUCCAGAUACUUAAAUAACAUCCCACUUCCCCGCAAUGGCGAGAUGACAAGACUGAGGAUAAGCCACUCGUGUCCAUUUCCCCGACCAAGGCUCUCACUGGCUGAAACCCCGCUGUUCCUCCGUGAACGAGAGAUACAUAUCAAACGCGAGAGGGAUAGGCGAUAAUACUUACCCAAAAAAUUUUUAAAAUUAAAAUAAAAUUAUACAAACAAAUAAUAAAUAAAUGGACGACCUAUGCGAAGAUGAGAGAGCCGUUGAGCUGUCGUCCAUUGCUGCGAUAUACCCCGAAAUCGUUAUAGACUCUGGUUCGAAAUUCAGAGCUUCACUUGAGCUUCCCGUCUCUCCCCGCAAUCCUUUAAAGGUUAUUUUCCUACGACCUCAACCGUCACUCCCAUCCCCACCGGCAUCUCUCAGUGCCCGUGAGGAUGGAGACGCUUUACACGAUGACGCGGAAGAAGUGGAGCCAUGCUCCCUCUCACAUCUUCCAUCGCUUAAGCUGGAAAUUGAACUUCCGGACGGUUAUCCCAGACUUUCACCUCCUCGCUUUUCUAUCACGACGAAUCCAGAGUGGUUACCUCCGUCAAAAGUAGCGGAAUUAGUAACUUGUGGGAAGAAAUUAUGGGAGGAAUGUGGGAUGGAUGUGAUCAUAUUUGCAUAUAUCGAUCAUCUACAGCAGUUAGGAGAGCGGUCAUUCGAUCUUUCGACGGACCCCGAAUUGCCCGUUAUCCUAUCGCGAGAUUUAAAAGUCGCACUUAUGGAUUUUGACAUGCAAUCUCGGCGCCAAAAGUUUGAACAGGAAACUUUUGAGUGUGGGGUUUGUUUGGAACCUAAGAAAGGGGUUAAUUGCCAUAGAAUGUUGCUCUGCUCCCAUGUUUUCUGCGUUAGUUGCCUUCAGGGCUUUUAUAACACUUGUAUAAAGGAAGGAGAUGUUGGCAAGGUGAAAUGUUUGGCCCCGAACUGCGGGAGGGAUCCGGAAAAUGGACCACAAGAUGGACCUGUGGGACACGGCAUUCCUGGGCGGCUGAGGAAAAAGGAUCGAACCCUCAACCCAAGUGAGCUGUUACAAAUCCCACUAGACCAGGAAGUUGUCCAACGCUACGUCCACUUCAAAAGGAAGCGGAAACUGGAAUCAGACAAAACGACUAUUUAUUGUCCCCGCCAAUGGUGUCAGGGCGCCGCUCGCUCAAAACGGCACGCAAAGCCAAAUUCGAUAAACGAAGAGAUGGAGUUGUCGGACAACGAGGAUGACGAGGAUGACGAAAACUCGCGCCCCCCAUUUGAUCCACUAGGAACAGAAGAUCAACUUCCACCAAUGUCAGAACGUCUCUCGGUAUGUGAGGAUUGCAGCUACGCGUUCUGCUGCGUCUGCAAAAAGGGUUGGCACGGCGAGCUAGCAUUCUGCUACCCACGACGAGCCGCCGAUUUAUCAGCAGCCGAAAAGGCAAGCGAAGAAUAUAUCAAGACAUACACCGCACCCUGCCCAACAUGCGAUACUCGCUGCCAGAAAUCAAUGGGCUGUAACCAUAUGAUCUGUUUCAAGUGCAAUACACACUUCUGUUACCUCUGCUCAAGCUGGCUCUUCGAAUCCAACCCGUACAGCCACUUCAACGAUCCGAAAGGGAGUUGCUACAUGCGUCUUUGGGAAUUGGAAGAAGGUCACGAUUCCGGACCCGGCGGACCAGAUUGGGAUCUCGCCGCGGCACAGAUGCAAGCUGAAGUGGACAGCGAUGAUGACAGCGAAGACCUCGAGCAGGAAAUCGCCGCUGAAACCGGCAACAACGGCCAGGGGGCGAAUAACUACAACUGGGGCCGAAAUCAACGUCCACCUCCGCCAGCACCCGCUCCUCCAAACGCAGCACGAUUUCGAGCACCACCCCCUGCACCGGUGCCUCCUGGUGCUCAUGCCAACCAGCAAAAUGGCCGUCGUCCAGAUGAUGCAGCUAGGGCUGCGGCCGCGGAGCGGCAAUUACAGGUUCAAGCAAUGGCGGAAGCGCGAGCUCUGCAACAUAACCCGCCCAAUGCGCCACCGCCCCUGAGGCAGAUGGCCGGGUUACAGCGAUUUUUGGAACUGGUGCAGAAUGACCAGGAAGAUGAAUGGGACAGCGAUGAGCUAGAUUUUUGA